AUGGAUUCCAAUCCAUAUAGGAGUUUUAAUUUUGUUGAUCUUCUUCAAAGUCAACAAGAAACUGGCAUCGGUUCAGAAUCCUUCCCUAUUCCUUUAUUUGGGACGCAAGCAACUGAAGGUUCAAACUUCGAACCAGACAGUCAUGUGGAGAGUAGAGGACGACACACGUGGACUCCAACAGAUGACAAUGUCUUCAUCAGCUCUUGGUUAAAUACCAGUAAAGACCAUGUGGUAGGGAAUGAGCAACGGUCGGUUUCUUUCUGGAAAAGGAUAGCAGCCUACUACUCGGCUAGUCCUAAGAUCGCAUCACAGUGUAAGCAAAGGUGGCACAAGAUCAACGACAUGGUGGAAAAGUUUUGUGGAGCUUUUGAAGUAGCAACUCGUGAGAAAAUCAGUGGGCAAAACGACACUGAUGUUCUCAAACAUGCCCACAAGAUCUUCUUCAACAACUACAAAAAGAAGUUCACAUUAGAACAUGCUUGGAAAGAGCUUAGACAUGACCAGAAGUGGUCUGAUCUUUCUUCUGCUUGCUCUCAAGGAGAUUCCAAAAGGAAGAAGUUAGAUAACGGCUCGCACUCAGCCUGCUUACUGGCUGACGAUGGAGCAACUCGACCCCCUGGUGUUAAGGCUGCAAAAUCCCGUGGAAAGAAACAAGUCAGUGAUGGGAAAGACCUUGAUGAGUUUCAGAAAUGUGGAGAAUCAAGCAAGAGGAUUUGGUUAUUAAGGAGAAGCUGUCGAAGAUGA